CCGCGCGCCGCGGAAGAGCCGGCCGGGGCCGCGAUGGGCGGCGGAAGGCGGCGCUGAGACCAGCGUCCGCGCCCGAGGCGGUGGGGCGGCGAGGAAGGCACAGCGACCCGGCCCGGGACAUGGGGCCGCGCCAGCCCGGCGCCCGGGGGCCCGAGAGGCGGCGGAGGCUGCGGCCCCGAGCGCCCGGCGGCCCCCGAUAGAGGCGGCUCCCGGCGGCGCCUGCUCCCCGCGCGGCCCUCGAGCUCGCUCCUCCCCGGCGGCCUCCCCUCCGCCUCGGCCGGUCCGGGCGACCUCCGGUCGGGCCCCCGCCGCGCCCCCUGGCCCCGCGGCCGCCCUCGAUGCCGGCCUGCGGCUCGGAGCCGGCCCCGGUCGUCCCUCUCGGAGCCGGGCCUGGGCCCCGGCCCCGUAAGAUGCCAGUUGGGUAGAAGCAGGACCUCUCGCCACGGCCCAAUGAGCGGCUCACAGCCCACGACCACCGACAGGUUUCCCCUCAAAAAACCUAUAAGGCAUGGAAGUAUUUUGAACCGAGAGUCACCAGCUGAUAAGAAGCAGAGAGUUGAGCGCAGUGCAUCACAUGAUUUUGACCCCACAGAAAGCUCCUCCAAGAAGACAAAGUCUAGUUCAGAGGAGAGUAGAUCCGAGAUCUAUGGUCUUGUUCAGCGCUGUGUGAUCAUCCAGAAGGGUGACAAUGGAUUUGGGCUGACGGUCAGUGGAGACAACCCAGUCUUCGUACAGUCUGUCAAAGAAGAUGGAGCAGCCAUGCGGGCUGGAGUACAGACAGGUGAUCGAAUCAUCAAGGUGAAUGGGACUCUGGUGACCCACUCAAACCAUUUGGAGGUGGUCAAGUUAAUCAAAUCUGGUUCCUAUGUAGCUCUCACUGUUCAGGGACGCCCCCCUGGGAUGCCCCAGAUCCCACUUGCUGAUUCUGAAGGAGAGCCAUCAGUCACUGGACACAUGUCUCCUCUCAUGACAUCUCCUCACUCACCGGGAGCAUCUGGAAAUAUGGAGAGAAUUACCAGUCCUGUGCUCAUGGGGGAGGAAAACAGUGUGGUUCAUAACCAGAAAGUAGAAAUUCUGAGAAAAAUGUUACAGAAAGAACAGGAACGGCUGCAGUUGUUGCAGGAAGAUUACAACCGAGCACCUACCCCAAAGUUGCUAAAAGAGAUCCAGGAGGCCAAGAAACUCCUCCCUCAGCUGCAGGAGCAGCUCUCCAGAGCCGCAGGUCCCGCGCAGGUAGACGGAGCUGUACUUACAUCCUCCAGGCCUUGCAGUGACACACACGCAGUCAGUGAGGUGGAAGCAGACCCUGAGGAUGGACUAGGCAGAGUUGACUGUAGCAGCGGAGAUGCAUCGUGGCCCAGCAGUGACAAUGCAGAGAGUCCUAAGAGCGGCCUGAAAGAGGGGGUUUAUCUAGAGGAAAACCUGGAGAAAAAUGAUGUAAUUCAGGACACUGACACUCAGUCCCUUAUUGGGAGCCCCGCAGCCCGCACAGCACCUCACAUCAUUGGAGCAGAGGAUGAUGAUUUUGGUACUGAACAUGAACAGAUCAAUGGGCAGUGCAGCUGCUUCCAGAGCAUCGAACUGCUGAAAUCACGCCCUGCUCACUUGGCUGUGUUUUUACACCAUGUAGUUUCACAGUUUGACCCUGCAACAUUGCUCUGUUAUCUCUAUUCAGACCUUUAUAAACAAACCAAUUCCAAGGAGACGCGUCGUAUCUUCCUUGAGUUUCAUCAAUUCUUCCUGGAUCGAUCUGCACACUUGAAAGUUUCUGUUCCUGAUGAAAUAUCAGUAGAUCUAGAAAAAAGAAGACCUGAGCUUAUUCCUGAGGAUCUCCAUCGCCACUAUAUCCACACUAUGCAGGAGCGGGUGCACCCCGAGAUCCAGAGGCACUUGGAGGAUUUCCGGCAGAAAAGGAGCAUGGGGCUGACCUUGGCUGAAAGUGAACUGACCAAACUUGACGUCGAGAGAGACAAGGACCGGGUCACCUUGGAGAAGGAGCGGGCAUGCGCAGAGCAGAUUGUUGCCAAAAUUGAAGAAGUGUUGAUGACUGCUCAGGCUAUAGAAGAAGAUAAGAGUUCCGCAGCGCAGUACGUCAUCCUCAUGUACAUGAAGCACCUGGGCGUGAGAGUGAAGGAGCCCCGGAGUCUGGAGCAGAAGCGGGGCCGGAUCGGGUUCCUUCCAAAGAUCAAGCAAAGUAUGAAGAAAGAGAGGGAAGGCGACGAAAAGGGGAAGCGAAGGGGACUCUCCAGCAUCCUGGGGCCCCCGCGGAGGCCCAGCCGUCCUGACAACAGUGCGAUUGGCAGAGCCAUGGAGCUACAGAAGCCGCGCCACCCUAAGCACUCACCCCCACCCCCACCUGUGAGUCCCGAGCCCCAGGAUGCUGCUAAGUCACGCCAGAGCGGGCCAGCAAGUGACGGAGCCGACGCUGGGUGCCUGCCCGCCGGCUCCGUGUCCUCGGUGGCUUCAGUGGCCACUCUCUCCCAGGACGGAGGGAAAGAGAAUGAUACGGGAUCGAAGCCGGUUGCAGAAUCCCCAGCAUCUGCAGACCUUAUAGACGCCCCCCCUCAUGCUUCCAGUGCUGCCCUGGAGUUUCUGCCACCUCCCCUGGACCAGGUGCAAGAGGAGGAAUGGGAAGCAGAAAGGAUGACUGAACAUGGGACACCAAAGCCCUUUCGAAAGCUAGACAGCAUCGCUUUUGGAGAAAGUCAAAGUGAGGACGAGCAGUUUGACCAUGACUUGGAAACUGACCCCCCCAGCUGGCAGCAGCUCGUUAGCCGAGAGGUGUUGCUGGGACUGAAGCCCUGUGAGAUCAAAAGGCAGGAAGUGAUUAAUGAAUUAUUUUACACUGAAAGAGCUCAUGUUCGAACAUUAAAGGUUCUUGAUCAAGUGUUCUACCAGCGAGUAUGCAGAGAAGGAAUUCUGUCACCUUCAGAACUAAGGAAAAUUUUUUCGAACUUGGAAGAUAUUCUUCAGCUUCACAUUGGGCUGAAUGAGCAAAUGAAGACUGUUCGAAAAAGGAAUGAGACCUCUGUUAUUGAUCAAAUUGGGGAAGAUUUGCUGACCUGGUUCAGUGGGCCCGGGGAGGAGAAGCUGAAGCACGCUGCUGCCACCUUCUGCAGCAACCAGCCCUUCGCCCUGGAAAUGAUCAAAUCUCGUCAGAAAAAGGACUCUCGGUUCCAGACGUUUGUGCAGGACGCUGAGAGUAACCCACUGUGCCGGCGCCUGCAGCUGAAGGACAUCAUUCCCACCCAGAUGCAGAGGCUCACCAAGUACCCUCUCCUCUUGGACAACAUUGCCAAGUACACAGAGUGGCCAACAGAAAGGGAGAAGGUGAAGAAAGCAGCUGAUCACUGUCGUCAGAUCUUAAAUUAUGUAAAUCAGGCUGUCAAGGAAGCAGAAAACAAGCAGCGUUUAGAGGAUUAUCAGCGCCGCCUUGACACCUCCAGCCUGAAGCUGUCCGAGUACCCAGACGUGGAGGAGCUCCGGAAUUUGGAUUUAACAAAAAGGAAGAUGAUUCAUGAAGGACCAUUGGUUUGGAAGGUGAAUAGAGAUAAAACUAUUGAUCUGUACACAUUGCUGCUGGAAGACAUCCUUGUGUUGCUACAAAAGCAGGAUGAUAGGCUGGUGUUACGGUGUCACAGUAAGAUUCUGGCAUCUACAGCUGAUAGCAAGCACACAUUCAGCCCUGUCAUUAAGCUGAAUACAGUGCUGGUUCGACAGGUGGCCACAGAUAACAAAGCUUUUUUUGUCAUCUCCAUGUCAGACAAUGGAGCCCAAAUCUAUGAGCUGGUGGCACAGACAGUUUCGGAAAAGACUGUCUGGCAGGACCUAAUCUGUCAGAUGGCUGCAUCGGGGAAGGAGCCGUCCACAAAGCCAAUCCCAUUACCACAGUCACCACCUUGCGAAGGAGACAAUGACGACAGUGAGCCUCCCAAAUUGAAGGCGGAGCCUCAUGGCGUUUCAGUUGCUGGCCUGCAGAGUCCAGACAGAGAUUUGGGAUUAGAGUCUCCCUUACUAUCAUCAAAACCUCAGUCUCAUCCACUGGGCACUUCUGGGAAAGCAGAGGCAGACGAACUCUCUGUGGCUGAGAGGCGGUUUGCACAGGCGCAGCACGCAGAGCGAGCUGUCAAGGAAGCAGGAGUAAAUGACCAAAUCACAACCCCAGACCCAUACGUGCCUGUCUCAGAAGAGCGGUGGGCAUUGGACGCACUGAGGAACUUGGGCUUGUUGAAGCAGCUGCUGGCACGGAAUCGGAGUCUGGCUGAGAAGAGCACUCAGGAAGAUCGGCCACAUCUUUCAAGAUGCAGGAUGGCCUUCCCGGGGAUGCAGGCAGGCAGUGAAACCCAGAACUUUGGAAUUAUGAAGGCCUAUCCUGGGCAAAGACAGACGCCCUUGAGAGCUGGAGCAGGUGGCCUUUCAACGUGCAGCAGUCCACGGGCCUCAGCGGACUCUCCUCCUCCAGGGGGCCCCGUGGUCCCGGCAUUCCAGGAGGGCAAGGCAGGUAGUGUUGUGGUGAUGGGCCGCACACCUGUUCCCCUGGAGGCUCCUCCUGCAGAGCCGGAAGGUGGUCUUGAUGAGAGUGGGGAGCACUUUUUUGAUGCCCAUGAAGUACACAGUGAUGAUAAUCCAUCGGAGGGUGAGGGAGCAGUUAAACAGGAAGAGAAGGACGUUAACGUACACAUCUCAGGAAACUAUUUGAUCCUCGAUGGCUAUGAUGCCGUGCCGGAGAGCUCCACCGAUGAGGAGGGCGCCGCCUGGCUCCCCCCCCAGCCCAGGACGGGCCUCCCCGCCGUGGACCCUGCCCCGCAGCAGCGGCCCUCUUCCCAGAAGGCUCUUUCCGACGGGGCCAUGCCACCACUCACCCCGGAGCCCGUGGCCCCGCAGCGCUGGGGAGCCCUGGAGGGGGCCUGCUUGGAGAUCCAGAGCCCCUCCGCGUGCACAGACGCCCAGAGCCAGGUCCUGGAGUGCAUCCGCCAGAUCGAGGCCGCCCUUGAGCACUUAAAGAAGGUGGAGGAAAGUUAUACCAUUCUUUGCCAAAGGCUGGCUGGGUCAGCCCUCACAGACAAACACUCAGAUAAAAGCUAGAGCUGCACGUUCUGGAGGUGGUUGGAGUUUGAGCAUCGGCACAUCCUGGCCCCGGUGUGGAGGGAGAGAGUGACAGAGGGUCUGCCUGGGAAGCUUCGGCACUGGCCUGUCCCAGGCCCAGAGCAGGACUGUCCUUCCCAGUCGGCAGCUGCCCUGCUGUCCGCGAGGGAACCUCCGCUCCGCACUCUGCGCGCCUCACGACCAGAAACUCAUUUUGAUUCAGAACAAAAACCAAAUGCAGAGAGCUCUGGUGUUGGGUAUGGAAUUUUAUUUAGACCUAAGAAAAUGAGAAAAUCAGAUGUAUUUAUUUGACUUCAUUCCACAUUUGAAAGCACAUUUUAAUUUCUAUCUUGCUGUGUUUUAAUUAUGUAGUGAGACUUUUGUCCCUUUAUAUUUAGUUCACCAAAGACCAGUGGCUCCUGAAGCAGAGUGCUCAGGAGGGGUGGCAGGAGGCUGGGUGGAGAGAGGGCAGCGGGGGAGGAGCACCCAGCCUUCCACUGUAUCCAGCUGCUGCCCAGUGGCUGCUCCCACCUGACCUCAAGGCAGAGCCGGGCCUGUGCUCCUGUGCCCCCCAGGGGGGCAGAGCGCAAGGCCCCCUCCCUUCCGAGGCCAGCACUGUGCUCCCGCUGGGAUCACUGAACCAGAGCCUCCUGUGCUACAAGCAGCCACUGGGAAUGGGUGUGUUUUCUUCUGUUUUCUUUUCCAUUGAGGGUUGGGAUUUGGGCGGGAAAGGAAAGCAAAUUUUAUUUUCUUGACUAUAAUUUGUUUUUCUUAAUAUUGCUUCAUCUUUAUAAUUAUACAUUGGACUACAGCACGUGUGUACAAUUGUUCCUGCAGAUGAGCAGGAAGUAAAAGCAAAAACAAGUGGAGGUGCCUCAGAUGGCAGGGGUGGGGUUCCGAGGAGGGCGGGGUGGCAGCAGCCGAAGGAGUUUGGGAAGGUCUGCAACUGAGUCACUCCUGAGUUGAAGUGGGUGCCAAUCGGCACAGGUACUGCUGCUCCUGUGGUCAGUAACAUUUUCGUACCUGGAGGUUUGACUCUGAUGUUUGCACGGAUGGUGCCAAAGGGCUCAAGUAAAAAGGAGAGCCAAGAGUGAGUGGAGAAAGGGUGGAGGAGGCAGAGCUGCCCGGACCAGCUCCCUGCUGGCGCUUCUCCCUGCUGGUGCCUGCCUGCCUGCCUCACAGACGCAGGCCAAGCGCACUGGACCUGCCGGCGAGUGGGGGAACGCCUGCCCCAGGAUGGCCAGCUGUGUUGGCAGCACCCCACAGAGGACAGAGGUCAGAGUAGUGGCUCAAGAGCACCUUCAAUUAUAUUGUUUUCUGUGAUUUUCUUUGUGCAUCAGGUAUAUAUGUUUUGCCAACUAAAAGGAAAUCAUUUGUCAAAUCUUAAAAUUGUGUUAAUAUGCAAGGAGUUCACCCACUGCUCUCCGUCCUUCAGCAGUGCCCUCUGACACUGGAGGGUCCGGCUGUGAUCUUCUUCCCUGCUGUCUAGUUACACACACACUCACACAUACUCAUCACACACACAAACUCUCUCACACACACACUCAUUGCACACACACUCACUCACAUUCACACACACACUCAUUGCACACACAGUCACACACUCACAUUCACACACACACACUCACACACACUCAUCACACACACAAACUCACACACACACACCCAUUGCACACACUCACACACACACUCACACACUCACACACACACACACACACACACACACACUCAUCAUGCACAGGAGGGUUCCCAGCUACUGUCAUAAAGAGCAUGACAGCUUACAGCACAUUCAUCGAUGUCCAGGUUCCUGUGUCUGUCUUUUCAAAACUGACCUCUGUUUUUAGUAAACUGAACAGCUUGUAUUGCUGUACCCUCGUUUAUAAAUUAUAAUUAUAUUUUGGGUCGUAGACCAAGUAUAAAUUAAAUUAGAGUGGGAUUUAAAUUUUAGAAGCAGAAGCUAAUAUAUAAGUGGAACUUGAACCUUCUGAUCUCUUUAAAGAAGCAGGUAGCAACUAGAUGGUCACAUGGUGCUGCUGGGAAUAAUGCGCUCACUCAGCUAGGGGUUCCCCUCUGGCCGUGGCCCUCAGACCAUCAGUGGGCAGGGCAUCCGGAGAAAGGCACUGAGAGAGCUCCCGUCCCACCUGCAGGCCUGCGGGACCUGCAGCGUCCCCGGCGCUCACGGGAGACGCUGGCUAGGUCAGCAGAUUAGCAGCAUCGUGGUUUCUCUAGCUCAGCCAAUACCUUGUCCUUGGCAACUGUUUGCUUUUCUUUUCUGGUAGUUUAACCUCUCCUUGGAACAGUAACAGGGCUGACUGGGACAACACUGUGACCAUAGCUCUAGUACUGCCAGAUCCAUGUGUGUCUAGAUUGUCAAACACGGCCCCAAACUGAAGUCUAAUUUUGAAGAGAUCCCACCGUUUUGAGUGUUCUUUCUGUCUUCCCAGCUGAACUUCUCCUCCUCCCUCUCCUGGCCUCCCACAACUCCCACUUACACUGACCAUUAUCGUCACAUCUGUUUUACUUUGAUAUUCGAUCUGCCUUUCAGGAUGAUGGAAUUCAUCCUGCCCUUGAGUGGAAAUGGUUCAGUUACCAUCAAAGUCAUUUUCUCAGGAGACCAGAAGCUGGAAUCCACUUCCACACCGAGGAAUCCAGGCGUAGUGGACAGAGCACUUUCCCAGACCAGGGGAGCUGGCUAGCUGUGGGAGCGGCCUGGGGCCUGUGCUCUCUCCUGAGGCCUCAUGAAGUAGGAACAGAGGACAGUUAAUCCAGACAAAUCACUGGGCUCUCGGGCCUCUAAUUUAAAGUGCUGAUCAUUGCCCAAGAAGCGACAGCUUGUACGUUCCUUGAUAUCAGCUCCCCAGCUGCUUGAGCUGUCUUGGCUUUUCGAAUCUACUGUAACUAUUUAUUAUACUGCACAGGAGGUACAUUUCACAACUUUUUUGGGCUUUUAAAAAACAAUUACUGAUUUUUAAAGAGGAAAGGAGAGGGGGAGAGAGAGAGAAACAUCAGUGAGAAACAUUGAUCAGCUGCCUCCUGCACGCCCCCUACUGGGGAUCAAGCCCGCAACCCUGGCCUGUGAUUUCUAUUUAUAAAAUAGAAAUCAAACCUUGACUCCUGGUACAUGAGUCAACCCUCAACCACUGAGCCACACUAGCCAGGCACUUUUAGGAAAAAGUUUUAUGAAAUGUACUUCCCAUGCAGUAUAAUGAAUACAGUUUAGGCACAGAGGGGAAACGUUUUUUAUUUUGGAGGAGAGGGGGACUAAUGUGAUCGUGGAGGAGAAGAGUCUUUUUUCUUAUUUUCAGAAGCUAAAGUAUGUUCUCUGAGUUUUCUUUCAUUGGUACCCUUUUCCUUUUUGGCGUCCUGAGGUGGGCGUGCUGCGUGGGGCUUCUGCACUCCCAGCCGGAAGCGCUUCCUCUGCAGCCCUGGGGAGUGUCACUGGAACUAGGGCUCUGGCCAACAUUUCCUCCCUGAGACGCUGAAGGCGCCAUUGAGAACCGAGUGCAGGGACCUCAGGACAGACCAUGCGCAGGGCCCUCCCGGCAUCUCUGCUCCUUUGUCCUCCUAAUAUUACAAUUUUUGUUUUGUGUUUUUUUUCUGAUUUUUCUACCUUUUCAAAAUGUCCUGCAAAGUUGUUCAAGAAAAGAGUUCCUUUUCUUCAUUCCUUCUGCCUUCCCCACUGGUCCUGAUGGUUUUGAUAAUAAGUUGGUUGGGAAAUGGAUCUCCUAGGGGGAUGGGCCGCAGAGACCCCGGGGACGUGCACACUGGGCUGUGGCUAACACGCCUCUUCUGCCAGAACCCUUUCUUCACUCGUUCACCAACAGUCUUGGGCUCUUUCCUAGAAAUCACUCUAUAAAAACAGCAGCUGUCUUCAGAAAACUCUAUUAAUAAUCAUGUAUUUUUACUCAUAUUUUGAAAUACCUAAAAGACUUUAUUGUUCUAAUUAUCCAGAUGUACCUUUGUAAAAUAGCUCUUUUAUGAAUUAGCUGAUAAGGCUGUAUGUUUCUGGAACAAAAUAUUGGUCAGCUAAAAACUUUCUCUUUUCUGGGGUCUGGGAAAAUAGAAAAUGAGAGUUCAAAUAUUAAAUAUGCUUAAAGGAA